AAAGUUAGAGUUGACAACUCUCUUUCAACAAUUUUAAGAGAAGUUCUUAAACUUGUCACGGUAGAAUCUUCUAGGAUAACAAGAAGUAUUAAAUGGUUCCUCAUUUUCAACAAUUAGUUUAUUUAGAUCAUUUGUCCUUUUCUAUAGUAUUUUUAUAAUAUCGCGUUUCACCGUGGUAAGGUGAUCAAGAGAUGAAUAUCAUUUUUGUUCUCGUCUUUGCUGGGGCAUGCGCGGCUGCGCCACAAUUCUUUGCUCAAUCAGGAACGAUCUAUGCACAUCCAGCCGUACUGUUGAAUUCGGCAAUGGAAAAUACUUUACCGUAUCACCUAAAAAACGAUUUUUAUAAAAAUCCACGAAUCGCUUCUGGACUUGCGAAAGAAUCGUGGUUCACUGAUAAAGAAAUGCAGGUAAUCGAUCGCGACACGGACAAAAUACCGCGGGAAAAAAUAUUCGACGUUUUGCAUAACGCUGGUCUUGCUUAUAAAUAAUAAUCUCAAAUAUAUCUUAUUGAAAUUUUUUUUAUUGCCAUAAUACAAUGAAUAUAACAAGUUCAUAUCGUAAAAUAAGACGGUACGCAAAAAACUCGUUUGCAUGAACGAAUUAACAUGUGGUAUCUAUCAUUUCUAAUGUGUAUAAGAUGUAUUUAUUUAGAUAUCUUCUUUUUUUUUAUAAAUUUUUAGUUAAUUGUAGUUAAUUAGUAAAUUAUAUACAGCAUCGUAAUUAUGUAUAUUUUUUAUAUAAAAGUUAGAAUUUAUUAAACAAAUAUAACGUUCCUGCAAGGGCUGUGAACAAGAAAGACAUUAAUUAUAAAUCUAAUGUUUUAUUAUAAUCUUUUAUAAAUAAUUAUCGAGUAAAAACUGAAUCUUCCUUUACUUAAUAUUUAUCGUAAUUGUUAUAAUGCUAAUUUAUUAUCAGGAUAAUGUGUUUAUAAAAAUAUAAAAAUAUAAUAAAAAUGAUGUGAUAAAUUUAUAUACAUAUAUA